AUGGAAAAUGAUGAAAGAGCUUCAUUAAUAAAUAAUAAUUAUGAUAGUGCUGAAAAUGAAAGUGAUUUUAUUAAUGAAAGCUUAGAUAACAAUAGUAAUGAAACUUUUGAAGUGAAUGGCAGUGGAAGAAUUAAUAAUUAUUACAAUUUAAUUAAAACUCCAUCAAUAUCAUCAUCACCCCUAAUUGAAUCAUCAUUAUCCUAUCAAAAACAAUCACCACCGCCACAAGAAAAACCACCAGAUACUCAACUACCAUCAUUACAAGAACAACAACAAGAACAACAACAUCAACAAUCACAAGAACAAAAACAACCAUCACAAGAACAAGAACAACAACUUCAAGAACAACAACCUACAAUAUUUAAAAGAAUGUGGGAUCUCUUUUUUUCUUCAUCGCCUCCAAAUAAUAAUAAUAAUAAUAAUAAUAAUAAUAAUAAUAAUAAUAAUAAUAAUAAUAAUAAUAAUAAUAAUAAUAAUUUAAAUAAUAAUAUAAAUAAUAAAAAAACCGAUAAUAGCCCUAUUAAUAGAAAUUUAAACUCAUCUAUGGAAUUUGUAGAUGAAAAUCAAAAACAUAUGAAAGAACAAAGAAAUGAUGAUGAUGAGGCUUCAUCGUCAUCAUCAGCAUCAUCAUCAUCGUCAUCAAGAUUCAGGCAAAAUAAUAAUAAUAAUAAUAUCAAUAAUAGUAACAAUAGAAACAAUAGUAUAAAUAAUAGUGAUCAAGAGAGAGAAAAGGAUCACGAGCAAGUGAAUAGAAUAUAUGAUUUAUUCUUUUCAUUAUCAGCAAUAGGUAAUGAUGAAGACAAUGAUGACGAUGAUGAUGAUGAUGAAGGAGAAGAGCAAGAUGAUAAUAGAAUAUAUAAACAAGUAAAUAAAAAGAAUGUAAAUAGAACAAAUAUAAAAUAUAAUAAUUUAAAAAUUGAUGACCAACAACAGCAGCAACAACAAUAUAUUAAUCAACAACAAGAAAAUAAAAAUGAAAUUAAAAACAAAGAUUUAAAACAACCUCAAAAAUCAACCGAAAACAUAGAACAACAAGAACAACAAGAAGACCAACAAGAACAAAAAGAACAAGAAGAGGAGGAAGAAGAACGACUAAAAUCACCGAUAGAACCAAAAUCACCAAUAGAACAACCGAAAUUAGUAUCAAAAUCAAAAAAAGAAGAUAAUAAAAAUUUAUUUGAGAAAUCACCAUUUUUUGAACCACAAAGACCAGUGAUUGAUUUUUCAGAUCCAGUUUUAUUAGAACCAAUAGAGAGUAAAUUACCAGGUAACUUGGAAAAGAAUAAACAUUUAUAUGAAAAUGUAAAGCCAAGUCCAAUUCCAUUAUCAGUUAUAUUGACUGGUAUUACGGUUUGUGAUGUCACCGAUGGUAAAGAAUUACUAUUGACAAGUUUAUAUGAAAAUAAGAGAAUUGUAGUUGCCAUUUUCCGUAGAUUCGGUUGUCUAAUUUGUAGACUUCAAGCUUUGGAUUUAUCAGCAUUGAAACCGAAAUUAGAUAAAAUUGGCAUUGAAUUGGUUGGUAUUGGUUUUGAUGAAGAGGGUUUAGAAGAGUUUCAACAAUUGAAAUUCUUUGCUGGUAAAAUCUAUUUAGACAAAACUAGAUCAGUUUAUCGUGCUUUAAAUCUAAAGAGAAGAAGUAAGUUAACCACUUAUGAAUUGUUCUUAGAUCCACGUGUUAUGGUCUAUUAUAGAAGAAUUAAAGAAAUGGGUUUCUCUUCAAAUUAUAGAAAGGAUGGAUUCCAAUUGGGUGCUACCAUGGUAUUGGGACCAAAACCACAAGAGGCUCACUAUGAUUUCAGACCUCAAAGAUAUGCUGAUAUUUUCGAUCUAAAAGAGAUUUGGGAAGCUUGUUUAAAACCUUAUCCAACCAAAGAAGAGAUUUUAGCUUCUCGUAAGAUUGAUUUAUCAAUUCCAAAUCCUAUAACUUUAGAUUUACAAUUAAAUUCAAUCAAAUUUGAUUUAUCAGUUUAUAAUAAUAAUAAUAAUAAUAAAAAUGAUAAUAAUAAUAAAAAUGAUAAUAAUAAUAUUAGUAAAAAUAGAGGUAAUACUCUUUCAAAUAUUUUCAAUUUACCUUCCAAUCAAUACAUUACAAAUACUUAUAAUGGUAAUGAUGAUAUAGAUGAAAAUGAAGUUUAUGCUGAUUAUGAUAAAGGUGAAGAUAAUGAUGGAGAAGAUGAUGAGGAUUAUAGUAAAAGUAUUUAUAGUGAAGAAGAUGAUGAAGAAGAUGAAGAAGAUGAAGAAGAAGAAGAUGAAGAAGAAGAAUUUUAUGAAGAUGAAGAAGAAGAUGAUGAAGAAAGAGAAAAAAUUAAAUUACCAAAACCAUCAAAGAGUAGUAAAAUAUUACUUUCAAUAUUAAAUUCAGUUCAAGUUGAUCCAUCAUUAUUCAGAACUGAUGAUAGAGUUAUCUAUACAGUACCAUCAUUAGAGUUAGAGGUUCAAGGUGAUAAUGAUAGUUUAGCCCCAAUUUCAUCUGUUGCUCCAUCAAAAUCAUCAACCUCUCAAGAACAAGAAUAUAUCGAUAAAAUCAAUAGCACCAUUUAUGUUCAAAGUAAUAGUUUUUAUAAACCUACAAAAUCUUCAAAAUUCAUUCUCAGAGAUGAAGAAGAUGAAGAAAAUCCAUUAAUUUAUUGUCCUUACAAGUAUAACGGAUAA